AUGACCGCCUUUUCCGUGUGGCUUUUCGGAAACUCCCACACCGCCGUGAACUAUCGGGUGCCACUUUGUCCGGCGACACAUGACCCCGAGUGUCAACGGAACUGCCUCCAGCAGACCACCGCGGGAAAGCUGCAACGGUUGAUGCAGCAAGCGGCACGACGCGCCACCCGCUACUUUACAGGGUACUUGCAAAAGCCACAACCAGUCGGACGGAAAGAACUCCAGCAAGCCGCCAAGCAAUUGCAUUUUCUCCACACCAACGCUGGCAAAGAUCCGACCGGGACCCACUAUCGCAAGGUGGCCAGUCGCGUGUUUGGCGACCUCGAAUUUCGAUGUUCCGUCCGACCAAUCACCGAAGAGUUCAUGUUAGCCGGUUUCGGCGACAGCCAAGAUCCCACAGCCGCAGAGUGUAUCCGCUCUUUCCCGGUCGUGCCGUUCGUCGGCGCAGAGUGGUUGACCUACCUCGACGGACGCAACGAAAUUCGCUACAAAGUCAAACCAGCCGGAUACACGACCACGGAGAUUAAGCUGUCGGAAGUUUACGGCUGGCGUGGACAAGAUACCCGUGUGUAUUAUCUGUCACCCUGGGAAUUUGUAAAAUGGUGGACCUUGAAAAAACUGCGGCCGCCGCCCAACGAAGGGCCUGUUUCCGCUGAGUGCUUAAGCGAGUGGAUGCCAGACCAUGACCCCACAUCCAUACCCGAAGAUGGGUGGCAGUUUGGACGCGGCUACUGCUGGAAAGAAAAAUUACCGACUUCUCAAGCAGAAACGAUCCUACGGCUGCCAGAACAACCAUUCCUCGCAGCUGCAGCCGAGUACUAUCUAGAACGACAUUCCGAGGCCUUAGUUCCCUAUCCAACGGUCUGCCCACUGCCUCGUCCGGACAUGUCGAAAGAGGACCAGGCGCGGCUACUGAAUGUGUAUCUUCGCCCUUGGACUUUGGACGCCAAUGCCGUGAGCUUGCGUACAUCAGCUCAGCAGAUUGCUUGGAAAGUGAGCCCUGGCAUACCCGAACUCCCGCCGUCCGACACCGCCGAAGCAGCGCGUCGCGCGGCUGCGGCGGAGCGGCCGCCAGCCGUGCGAUGGAUCUAUGGGAAUCUGAACGAGACAGCCGCUGCCGACUGGCUCCGCAGUUUGCAACAGGCGGAGACAGGGCCCGUGCCCACGCCCGAACAGACACAGUUCCUGCAGGCCAUCAUAAACCGCUGCUUAACAGAAACCACCGAAGAACAGACCCAGCGGAUCGGCAAGAGUGAACCCUGGAGAGGAAUUUGCCAUGGAGUCCCCGGCGCAGGCAAGAGUCAAACGUUGAAGUGGCUCCGACGAUUCUUUGAGGAGCUCUGCGGGUGGCACCUCCAGACGGAAUUCGUCUAUCUAGCCCCUCAAAAUACCCAGGCCGCGCUCAUUCAGGGCAUGACGCUCCAUGCGUUCGCGAACAUCCGCAUCAAAGCCAAAGGCCAAGGCGGCGAACGAGAGCGGGGGCCCGACCAAUUCGUCCAGUACCAACGGUUGCGCUGGCUCGUGCUAGACGAAAUCUCCACAGUCGGCCUCGAAGUCCUAGCCACCCUCGAAAAAAAGGUGGCCAGCCUCCAAAAGGUUUUGUGGUCACGGACUGAAUCCGGUCUCCACGCACUCUUCGAGUUGACCACCGAGCAACGUUGCGUGGACCCCUGGCUAAGCCUAGUCUUGAAACAAGCACGCCACAGUGCCAUGUCGCAGGAUGUAUGGUGCUUUCUCCAUGGGUUUCCGACCCGGUACCGAGCGUGGGACUUCGACACCAAAGCUUGCCUCUGCGGCACGGCUGCCUGCCAGACCCUCCCCCUUGCGUGGGCAACUACCCCUGAUCUACCUUGGGAAGCUCGCUUAGAACAAGAAUGUCCCCAGUGCCGAAUCGAAAGACGACGCAGGUGCCUGCUAGGUCGGGAUCCAAAGUCCGCGAAGUUUGCGGCGCAACCAUUCAUCCACGGUCUCAAGGCUGCCAAAUACAUAGCCACUAAUCUCCGAGCUCGGGAAGUAGCAGUUAGCCAACAGCAAACCAUCCUUUGGGUGAUCGCCGCCGACACCCCUCUUUUCCACUUGGACACCGAUGCACCGGCUGAGUUGCAAGCUCGGAAAAGCAACUGGCUGCAGCGGCACGACCAAGCCACCGGUGGGAUUGUCGGAAUCUUGCCCUUGUUGCCUAACAUGCCUAUACGUAUCACCCAAACCUUACCAGAACUAAAACCGUUUGGACUCUUCAAAAAUACCCGUGGCACCCUAUACAGUUGGACCUUGCACGAACUUGACAUUGCACGUCUCUCCCGCACGACACCCGGUGCAGAACUGGUCCUGGAAAAACUACCCUUGGCGCUCUACGUCCAGAUUCCGGGUUCGACGUGGCAACUACACCCAGCCCUGCCACCUGGCGUCGCGUGCAUCAAACCUACGGUCCAGCAGUGGACCCUUCAGCCAGGGGGCCGUGCGACCAUCGCCCGCAGAGGGUUUCCAGUGGCAUCCGACUAUUCCGGAACAGCGCAUUCCUUCAUGGGUGCUACGUUGGAAGCAUGCACCCUGGAGCUCACUGGUCCACAUACGUAUUUGGAGUUCCACCGCAAGAAGCUCUCCUUAGCGCAAGCCAAAGCUCGGUUUGAAAAAGAUGCGCCCAAGCGAAGACGUCAGCCCGACGUCAUGCUCUAUUGCCGAAACUGCAGCCCUCGCAGCAAUAUGCCAGACAGACUUCUACCUCUUCGAGACUUCGUCACCGUCUGGGACCGGGAAGCAUGGUAUAAAAUUUUGGAACAAGGAAUGGACCGUCUUUGCCCGCAGCGCCGAAGCCCCGAGUCAGGAAAGCAGCCUCCAACACCAACAGAUGCACCAGAUGCAU